GCCCGCGCGCUCCCCCGGCCCCUGCCCCGGCUGCGCGGGCCCCCGCCGGGCCCAUGGGCGGCGCGGCCGAGCGGGCGCGCUGAGCGGGCGCGGGUCCCCGUGCGCCCCGGACGCGAGCGACGGCGAGGUCUGGCACCAUGCCCGGGCCCUCUGCACUCUAGGCCACAUCCCCGGCCUGCGGAGCAGCCCCUGGACACUUCAGGGCUCACCCCUUCCCCACUGCCCCCGGCCCCACCAUGGCAGGGGACCGACUCCCUCGGAAGGUGAUGGAUGCCAAGAAGCUGGCCAGCCUCCUGCGGGGCGGACCUGGGGGACCGCUGGUCAUCGACAGCCGCUCAUUUGUGGAAUACAACAGCUGGCACGUGCUCAGCUCCGUGAACAUCUGCUGCUCCAAGCUGGUGAAGCGGCGGCUGCAGCAGGGCAAGGUGACCAUCGCCGAGCUCAUCCAGCCGGCCGCGCGCGGCCAGGUGGAGGCCACAGAGCCACAGGACGUGGUCGUCUAUGACCAGAGCACACGGGAUGCCAGCGUGCUGGCCGCGGACAGCUUCCUCUCCAUCCUGCUCAGCAAGCUGGACGGCUGCUUCGACAGUGUGGCCAUCCUCACGGGGGGCUUCGCCACCUUCUCCUCCUGCUUCCCUGGCCUCUGUGAGGGCAAGCCAGCCGCCCUGCUGCCCAUGAGCCUCUCCCAGCCCUGCCUGCCUGUGCCCAGCGUGGGCCUGACCCGCAUCUUGCCUCACCUCUACCUGGGCUCGCAGAAAGAUGUCCUGAACAAGGACCUGAUGACCCAGAACGGAAUAAGCUACGUCCUCAAUGCCAGCAACUCCUGCCCCAAGCCGGACUUCAUCUGCGAGAGCCGGUUCAUGCGCAUCCCCGUCAACGACAGCUACUGCGAGAAGCUGCUGCCCUGGCUGGACAAGUCCAUCGAGUUCAUCGAUAAAGCUAAGCUGUCCAGUUGCCAGGUCAUCGUCCACUGUCUGGCUGGCAUCUCCCGUUCGGCCACCAUUGCCAUCGCUUACAUCAUGAAGACCAUGGGCAUGUCCUCAGAUGAUGCCUACAGGUUCGUGAAGGACCGGCGCCCAUCCAUUUCGCCCAACUUCAACUUCCUGGGCCAGCUGCUGGAGUACGAGCGCAGCCUGAAGCUGCUGGCCGCCCUGCAGGGAGACGGGGCGUCCCACCCCGGGACGCCCGAGCCCCUCCCGGGCCCCGCGGCCCCACUGCCGCCGCUGCCACCACCUACCUCAGAGAGCGCCGCCACCGGGAGCGCAGCGGCCGGUGCGGCCAGGGAGGGCGCACCGGGCGCCGGUGGGGAGCUGCCCGCGCCCGCCGCCCCCGCCGCCGCCGCCGCCCCGGCCACCAGCGCGCUGCAGCAGGGCCUGCGCGGCCUGCACCUCUCCUCCGACCGCCUGCAGGACACCAACCGCCUGAAGCGCUCCUUCUCGCUGGACAUCAAGUCGGCCUACGCCCCCAGCCGGCGGCCGGACGACCCCGGGCCCCCCGACCCCGGGGAGGCCCCCAAGGUGUGCAAGCUGGACAGCCCGUCGGGGGGCGCGCUGGGCCUGCCCUCCCCGGGCCCCGACAGCCCAGACGCGGCGUCGGAGACGCGCCCGCGCCUCCGCCGGCGGCCCCGGCCUCCCGCCGGCUCCCCGGCCCGCUCCCCGGCGCACGGCCUCGGCCUGAACUUCGGCGACGCCUCGCGGCAGACUCCGCGGCUGGGCCUCUCGGCGCUGUCGGCCCCGGGGCUGCCGGGCCCCGGCCAGCCGGUGGGCCCCGGGAGCUGGGCGCCGCCGCUCGACUCCCCCGGCACGCCGUCGCCCGACGGGCCCUGGUGCUUCAGCCCCGAGGGCGCGCAGGGCGCGGGCGGCCCACGGUUUGGCGCUUUCGGCCGGGCGGGCGCGCAGGGCUCAGGGGGCGGCGACCCGCGGCGGCGGGAGGCGGCAAGGGCCGAGGCCCGGGACGCGCGGACCGGCUGGCCGGACGAGCCGGCCCCGGAGACGCAGUUCAAGCGCCGAAGCUGUCAGAUGGAGUUCGAGGAGGGCAUGGUGGAGGGGCGCGCGCGCGGCGAGGAGCUGGCUGCCCUGGGCAAGCAGGCCAGCUUCUCGGGCAGCGUGGAGGUCAUCGAGGUGUCCUGACGGUGGCCGGGGGACCCAGCGCCCUACGGUCCGCUGCCCUCGGCUCCCUGGCCUGGGCCGCCGGCAGCCGGGCCCACUAUAAAUAUAUAUUAUAUAUAAUGCAAAGAAAGGUAAAUGGUUUUACUGCGAUUUUUAUCGAGAAGUAAAUAUUUCGAUUUUUUAUUUAUUUAAGCUGUUCAUUCUGGCAACGAUUUGGCAACAGUGCGGGCGGCCCCCGGACCUCUAUUUUUACUGUCUGGUAUUUAAACUGAAACCCACGUUUCUAAGCAAUAUGAGGCCACCUUCAGUCCCAAGCUGGGGUGCCAGGCCUGGGGUCCCCUCCCCACCCUCCCCCCCCAGGAAACACUGCUGACCGUUGCAAAGAGGCUGCCCAGCUUUUGUGCACUUUUUACAUAAGAAAAAGGGGAAAGAGGAGAAAAAAAAAACUUUGCCACAAACUGAGCCGCAGAACCUCCCUGUCCCCCCCUGCCCCCCUCCGCUCCUCCUCCUCUGCUCCUUUCUGGGCUCUGCACCAAAGUCUAGGUGGGGGAAGUGUCCCCGGGGCUGGGGUGAGGCUGAGGUGGCUCUGCCCGCUGGAGGCUCCCCUAACCACAUGCCUCCCCCACCCCCCCAUCCUGGCCCUCGCCUGGCUGGUGUCGACUGGCAUCCGGCCUGGAGAGGUGAGGGUGUUUGGAGGGGCUGAGGCUAGAACAGGAUAGGGGCUCGGUGGGUGUCGGAUUAUGUGGGUCCCCGGGCAGGGAUGGAAGUGGAAUGGCCCCCACUCCCACCCGAGCUCCCGUCCUUCCACGGGGUUCAGCAGGACUGUUCCGUCCAGCCUGCUCUCCUGUCUCUGCUUUGCAGAGCUGCCUAGCGCCACCCGCCAGGUAGGGGACAACAGGAGAAGCUCAGCCGGGGGGUGUCAGGUCAGGUCGACCCCCCCCCCUCAGCCCCGGAGAGCUGGGCUAGCGAGUGCUGGCUCCCCGGGUCACAGGGCGGAUGGAUUUUGAGUUCUGGGCUCUUCCCCACCCAGGCCCCAGGCCAGACCUGAAUUCGGGUAUGUUCCUGCAGGUGGGGGUCUCCAUGAGGAGCUGCCUUGCGGCGGGGGGGGGGGGGGGGGGGGUGGUGAACAGACACUGUGGCAGACACUUCUGCUUCCCGGGGAUGGGGUCCUUAGCUCUGGGAGAGCUGUCUCCAGGCAGAUCAAGGCCCCUGAUGUGGCCAGAUGGCCCCAUGCCUGCCCCCCACCCCAUGGAGUCCUUGGAGAAGAGCCCUCCCACACUCCCCUUUCCUGGGGAGCUCUCGCCUCCGCAGCCUCCCUGGUAUCCUCAAGGUGAAGGCCAGAUGGCUUUUUGACCCCGGAGGGGCCCUCCUGGUCCUUUACCUCCUGGUGGUAAAGGCAAGGAAAAUGCCCCCGCUGCCCCCUGCCCCACACCCUCUUGGGUCUUUGGGACCCGUGGCUUUUGGAGGCAGGAGCAGAUAUCCUAGGACACCCCUCAGAUGUCCUAAAGUCCUGGGUGGGGGGGCCGGUCGCCUUGGGAAGAGGCCAGGGGCUUGGCAGGAGGGCAGCUGGGUGGGACCGAGUCCUGGGGAGCAGCUGGGUGGGACCGCGUCCUGGGGAGCAGCUGGGUGGGACCGAGUCCUGGGGGGCAGCUGGGUGGUACCGAGUCCGGGAGCAGCUGCCCGUGUAGUUGUUUCUUCUGUUUGUUCUGUUGACCUGCGGCCUGUGCCCCUGUCACCCUCCUUUAAGCAAAAGUCCUCUUCCUGUUCCCCUUGUCCCCACCC